GGAGCUGGUGUUGGCUCUGCACAGGCCGCCUGUGAAUGGGGUCUAGUCGGUGAAGCGCGAGGCGGUCGGAACCCAGCAGCCGCUUUCUGUCUUAAUGAGCUUUUAUUAACCGGGAUGUGAAGCGUUUUUCUCCGGUUUCUGCGGGCAGAAGUUCUCCUCCAGCUCUCUCCAGCUCUGUGUGGAAGUGUGAGGUUCAGCUGUGUGUGUGGAAGUGGACCUGCCUGGACCUGCUGGAAUCUACAUGGACUAACAUGAAAAGCCUCAAAGCGAAGUUCAGGAAGACUGAUGCUCACGAGUGGAGCAAGAAUGAUGAGCGUCUCCUCAGCGCUGUGGAGCAUGGAGAGACCGACAAGCUCGCCUCCCUCCUGUCAAAGAAAGGAACCAGUGCAACCAAACUGGACAGCGAGGGCAAAUCUGCUCUGCAUGUAGCUGCUGCUCGGGGUCAGGCCGAGUGCCUGGCGGUGAUUCUGGCUCAUGGAGCUGAUGUUUCGGUGGUGGACGCUUCAGGUUUUAGUGCUUUACACCUCGCUGCCAAAAACAACCAUCAGGAUUGUGCCAAAAGACUGAUACAGAGCAAGUGUGUGGUGGAUGCUCUGGAUGGUGCUGGGAGGACGGCUCUUCAUCAUGCAGCUGCCAGUGGAAACUCUGUGAUUGUUCAGCUUCUGUGUGAAAACAAGAGUCCUGUGAAUCUUAAAGACGCGGACGGAUUCACCCCGCUGCUGUUGUCGGCGAGACACGCCCACGCUGAGGUCUGCCGCGGUCUGCUGGAGUCGGGGGCUGACGUCAACGCCUGUGAUAAGAACGGCAGGACUGCGGUGAUGCUGGCGAGUGAGAGCAGCAGUGGAGCUGUGGUGGAGGUUCUGGUGCAGGGUGGUGCAGAUCUGCACAUCAUAGACUCUCUGGGCCACGACGUCCUUCAUUACGCUAAGCUGUCCGGCAGCGGAGAGGUCCGGUCCAUCGUCAGCACCGCCCUCCACCGGCAGCAGCCUGAGCCAGCAGAUAAGAGUUUGAGCAGAACGCCGCAGCAUGAUCAUGUGGCUAAGUUAAAUGAAGAGAGAAGCACAACCCCCAAAAAACGAAAAGCACCCCCACCUCCUAUUAGCCCUGACCAGUUGGCUGGAAUCGUCUCUCCACCUUAUUUGACCCCGACUGAAACUCCGGUAUCGAGUAAAAGUGAUUUAUCCAGGAGGUUCAAUUACAAGGAGGAGGAACUGAGGAGCGCUGCACUAAAAGAGGAGGUAGAGAAGCUGCAGGAGGAGAAGAGCAUGCUGCUGGAGACCAUUGAAGAUCUGAAGCAGAUUGUGGAGCAGACUGAGCCCAAGACUGAGCAUUGUGGGAAUGUUGGCUCAACAUUGGUUGCUAACCUACAAGCUAAGGUGGCCUCCCUUUCCCUGGAAAACCAAAAGCUCGCCCAGAUAAUCAAGAAACGUCCAGCGCCUCAGGGAGGAGAAGGUCACGAGGACUCGCGUCCGAACAGCUUCGACUCCAACGUCUCCUACCACUCCACCCACGCAGACUUGGAUUACUCCAGCGACAUCCACAGCAACACGGGCAAUGACGAGCGGGAGCUUCCUGAAGCUCUGCUCACGUCCAGCGCCGAUACCUCCAUCAGGCACGGCGGGGAGGCCGGCGAGGAGGAAAUCGUGCUGCUUAAAGAUGCUCUGCAGGGUCUGCAAUCAAAACUGCAGGAGUCCAGGCUGGAGAAUCGCUCCCUGCAGGCCAGGCUCAAGCCCAACUCGCCCAACUCGCGCACAGAGGAAAUUGGAAACGAAGGCACGUCGGAAAGCGUGGCUGAACUGAAGGCCAGGCUCGCAGAUACUCAGCGAAAACACCAGGAAGCUCUGGAAGAGAUCCAAGCGCUGCGAGUGGAGAGGAGAGCGGCGGGCGUAGGAAGUGCAGGAAGUCAAGGAAGUGAAGGAGAAGAUCACGUAGUGCAGAAGUUUCAGUAUCUGAAGGGCUGUCUUGAGCAGGAGGUCAAAGACCUGAAGGUGAAGUUGGCGAAGUUACAAGAGGAAAAGGUGCACGAUGCUUCCACCAUCAAGGACCUGAAGGCUCGUCUCCAGAGCGGACGCCUGGCAGAGGACGAGCGCCAAGAACUGAAGAGUUCCUACGACAUUCUGGUGGAGAACGUCAACCAGGAGAAGGCGCUGCUCAUUGAGAAGUACAAAGAAGCGCAAGAGGAGAUCAAGAUCCUGCAGGAAGCCCUGCGUGGCACGGUGCCCGUGGAGGCUGCCGCCAAGGACUUCGAUGAGAUGAAGACGGAGAUGGGCGAGGUUAUCGAAGGACUGCAGAGGCGACUGCUGGAGCUCUCGAAAUCGUACAGCGACGCCAAAAGCGAACUCAGCGCGGCUCGCAGUCAGCUCCAGACUAAAGUCACCAAAGAGUCCAAGGAGCCCAAAGAGUCCAAGGAGCCCAAAGAGUCCAAGGAGUCUAAGGAGAAACCAAACAUGUCCACCUACCUUACUAAAGAGGAGCAUGAGCAGAAAACGCAGGAACUCGUUCACAAGAUAAAAGAUUUACAGAACACUCUAAAGGACACGGAAAUCAAGUAUCAAGCGACACUAAAAGAAUCCUCUCAACUCAAACAAGACGCAGAAGCCCAGGCCCAGUCCUCCGUAGCCCUCGCCGAUCACACGCAGGUCGUAGCCUCCAUGGGAAGCGCCAUCAAGACCCUGGAAGCUGAGGUGGAGUCCCUCAAUCAGCAGCUCUCCCAGAAAGCCCUGCAGGUGGACGCGCUGCAGAACAGGCUCACGGUGGAGAAAGACGCGACCCCCGACGAUUCGGUCUCCCGGUUGGACCACGAGCAGCUGAGGGAGACCAUGGAGGCCGAGGUCAGCCACCUGACCGUCCUGCUGCAGGACGCCCUGAGGAAGCAGGACGAGAUGGCGCUGGAGGUGACGGCUGCCUGGCAGGAGGUGAAGGACGGGCGAGGCGAGAAGCAGGCGGCGCAGAAACUGGCUCUGUCUCGAGAGCAGGAGAACAACGCACUCAACUCCAAGUACAAGGAGGCGCAGGACAUCAUCACGCACCUGAAGAAACAGGUGGAGAACCACGUGAGCUCCGAACGAGAGAAAAAUAAAAAGAUUGAUGAUCUGUCGAAGGAGGUUGGGAAGUUAAAGGAUGCUCUGAACAGUCUGUCUCAGCUCUCUUAUACAGCCAGCACUCCUAAACGCCAGCAGAACCAGCAGCAGGUGGAUUCUCUACAGCAGCAGAUCAAGCAGCUGCAGUACCAACUAGCUGAAUCUAAGAAGCAGCACCAUGAGAUAGUUUCUGUGUACAGGAUGCAUCUCCUCUACGCUGUACAGGGUCAGAUGGAUGAAGAUGUGCAGAAAGCCCUGAAACAGAUUCUAAUGAUGUGCAAAAUGCCAGCAGAGGCCAAGUGAUGAUGAUGAGGGGGCUGAUGACACUGUGGUCGUGGAUGUGCUAACGGCCAAUGCCAAAAUAAAAGUCCUAUAAGGAAACUCGCACUUGAUCCGUCCGUCCGUCCGUCCGUAUAUCAAUCCGUCCGUUUCAGUGGUUUAAUCAGUGGGAUUGGGUCUGAUCAGCUGGUUUUGCUUGUAGAACAGCAGACAAUCAGUCCAAACUCCUGCUGAAGAAGUUUGAGACGUAGUGUUUAAGUUUAUAUAUUGUGAAAUAUAUAUAUAUAUAUAAAUAGAAGUAAAGAACAAUGAUCAUCUUUGUCAGUCAUUUUCAUUUUGCGUUUGGAUGAAAGCCUUUCAGAAUCCUUAAGCACAAAUGCAUGAGUUUUACGAUAGCAUCUUCUUCUACUUGAUGAUAAAACAGAGCAGCGAAAAGUUACAUUAGUUUGUUUUUUUGUUUUGUUUUGUUAGGAGUCAGAGCUGUUGCAGUGUCUGCAUGCUGUUAAAGGCGUUUUUGUUUUAGUAAUUAUGUGCUGUAAAAUAUUUUGUAUUUUUUUAGACUCCUCCUUUUGAACGUCAUCGUUUGUGGAAGGAAGUACUUGUACUUGUGUAACAGAUGCACUUUGCUAUGCAGAUUUCUCUCUCUUUCUCUGUCUGUCUAUCUGUUUUUCUAUCUUUUCUGCAGUGCUAUUCUGCUGCUUCUAUGCUCUGCCAUAGCCGGGACACAGAGACCGUGUCCAUGUGCCUGUGCUGAUUAGUCUCUUUAUGUACAUUCACGAUAAAAGUAGGGCUGCAACUGAUGAUUAUUUUUAUUUUUUAGUUGACUAAUCUAACGAUUAUUUUUUUGGAUUAGUCUGCGAUUAUUUCUGCCAUGUCCAUCUCUAAAAAUGAUAGAAACAGCUGAACAUGAGAUUUAAAAGGCAUUUAAAUGUCUGGAUGUUGUUUAAACAAAGUCAGACUUACCCAUCUCCCAUUGUGCAUCUGUCCCCAGCACUUCGUUUAAUGCAGUACUGUUAGAAAAUAAUGAUUAGUCGACAAAUUUAAAUAAUCGACAUUGUCGAUUAUAUCGACUAAUCGUUGCAGCUCUAGAUAAAAGCAGGAAAAAGUGGCCCAAAUCUGAUUUUCUGACCAAAUUCGAUGUUUUUUUUGCCUUUUUUUAUGUGACCCACAUCAGACAUUGGUCUGAACUGGUCUGUGUAACUAAAGCACAUGCACUAAAAAGCAGCAUAGUGUUGGCACCCCUACAUUUUGUUCCAGAAAAUAAAGUAUUUCUCCCAGAAAAUUAUUGCAAUUACACAUUUUGUUAUACAUAUGUUUAUUUCCUUUGUGUGUGUUGGAACACCACAAAAAAACAGAGUAAAAAAGGGAAAUUUGUCAAUUUUACACAAAACUCAAAACAAAACUGGUACCUUUUCAAUAUUGAGGGUAAAUAACUGUUUCAAGCAUGUGAUGCUCAUUCAAACUCACCUGUGAUACGUGACAGGUGUAACUUGUCACAGGUGAGUUACUGUGGAGUGCAAAAGAAGAAUGAUCCAAAAUUCCAGGUGAGACGUGUAAGAAGCUUGUAGACGGUUAUUUUUGCAAACAAAUAUUAAUUUGAGGGUGCCAAUAAUUGUGUCCGGCCAAUUUUUGGAGUUUUGUGUAAAAUUGUCAAAUUUGCCUUUUUUUUUUUCCUGUUUUUUUGUGUGUUGUUCCAAUACACACAAAGGAAAUAAACAUGUGUAUAACAAAACGUGUGUAAUUGCAAUAAUUUUCUGGAAGAAAUUCAGGGGUGCACGACACCCUAAAUCUAAAAUUAUUAUAUAAAAAAAUUAUUUGAAAGUCAAACAAGUCCUGGAUAUUAAUCUACACACAUUUCCCCCCUGAAAACGUUUUAAUGUCAAGUAGUCAUUAAUAGGGGUCACCAUGCUAAUAUUUAGUGUAUAGUGUAGUGUAUACAGUACAUACCUUAGAGUAUAAGUGUGCCGUAUGCAAUUGGGACGCAGCCGCAGUGAUGCAGGAGACGUGCAGAUGAGAUGUUCCAGACUCUUACUGUAGGACUGAAGGUACAAAUACAGAAUUACUUUACAAAAAUUAACUUGUUUAGUGAGUAAAAUGUGCCAUAUAGAAUAUUAUAUACAGCGUUAUCGAGACUUCAGUUCUGGAAUAUACAGAUUAUACAUUUUAGAGCAUGGAGUAGAUUUUUUGUUUUUCUCCACUUUUCAUCCACUUUACACUUAAUUUGAUUAAAUCAAUUUUUUUUAUUUAGAAGCACACUAAUAAUUAAAUAUACACUCAUCUUUAAAAAAAUAAAUAAAUAAGUGCACUUAAAAGGAUUUGACAGAAGUUAAAAGUUACCAGGAACAAUGAACAAUAAAAAAAUAUAGCAGAGAUAUUGAUUAAUGUGGAGGCCAACGACUGGUUGUAAUAUAACUGUGGGCCCUUUUUUAGUGAUCUAUUGCGCAUCAAUCGAUUGCGGGUCGUGCAGCUUGAUUUAGGGCGUGUCUGUGUGUUUUUAGUAUCGUGAGGACGCAAAAAAUAUAUGCCUUGCGUGGCUCAAUUUCUAAUACAAAAAAAAAUACAGAAUUUCUAAUUUAAUAAGUACGAUUGGAGAAUUUUUUUGUGUGCUAGUUUGGUGAUCUGCGCAAGUGCAGCAGCCAGAACAAGAUUCUUUUAUGCAUUUACAGAGUGAAACACUUCAAACUGUUCAUGAGGGUUUUAUCAGAUUGGAUGGGGGACUUAAAAUAUGUUAUUAAAAUGGUAAUUUGACCUUCAGAUUAGAGUAUUUUAAUCUUGUAUGAGUGGAUAUACCGGAGUGGUGACGUUACAUAGAAAAAGAAAACUGACUUGCCUAUAAAGAUUUUGGUUGUAGAGGUUCCUAAUGGUGUUCUAUUAUUGGUGAUCCACUGUGUUUUAUUAUCAAGCCUAAAGUCAGUGCAGUUUUGUUUUUCCACGGAUUUCAUUUUCCAGCAGGACUUGGCACACUGCCAAAAGCACUAAUUGGUCUUACAUAAUAAUCUAAUUUUCGAGACACUGAUUUUUGGGGUUUUUAUUGGCUGUAAGCCAUAAUCAUCAACAAUAAAAUAAAUAAACGCUUAAAAUAGAUCACUGUGUGUUUAAUACAUCUAUAUAAUAUGAGUUUCACAGUUUCAACUGAAUUACUGAAAUUGACAAAGUAACUUUUCAUUGAUACUUGAACAACUUUUUUUUAGAGAUUUUUUUAGACCUUUAGAGGGCAGCAGUAUGUGGACUAGCAUUGUCCUGUUGAAAUAGUGAAUUAUGCAUUAAUUCUGUAUGUGUAACUCAAUAAAUAUUAAAUAGAUCAGUCAAAAUGACAAUUUUUUGUAAUUUUAUUGUUCCUGGUAACUUUUAUCCUAAUUCAAAAAUAUAUUUGAUGAGCGUUAACACUAGUCUCUACUGUUAAUAACGACACUAUGGUUUUUAUUCUUAUUAGAACAGCUUUUAGCAGCUAUACAUCACAGUGAAAUAAACCUUCUGCAUACAUUUUUUUGUGUCUGUUAAACACUACUUUUAUGUUUUUAUUUGUGAUUUUUAUUUUAUUUGUCCACUCUCCAAUUCGUGAUGUUUUAUAGUGAUUAAUAAAGCAAUCAGGGCUUUCACAAUGCUGGAAUUAAGAGUUUAAAAACUGCCAUAAAUGUACAGCUCUGGGGAAAAAAUAAGAGAGCACUUAAAAAUGAUGAGUUUCUUUGAUUUUACAAAAAUUAAAAACCUCUGGAAUAUAAUCAAGAGGAAGAUGGAUGAUCACAAGCCAUCAAACCACCAAACUGAACUGCUUGAAUUUUUGCACCAGGAGUAAAGCAGCAUAAAGUUAUCCAAAAGCAGUGUGUAAGACUGGUGGAGGAGAACAUGAUGCCAAGAUGCAUUAAAAAAAAAACUGUGAUUAAAAACCACCAGGGUUAUUCCACCAAAUAUUGAUUAUUUCUGACCUCUUAAAACUUUAUGAAUAUGAACUUUUUGUUUUCUUUGCAUUAUUUGAGGUCUGAAAGCUCUGCAUCUUUUUGUUGUUAUUUCAGCCAUUUCUCAUUUUCUGUAAAUAAAUGCUCUAAAUGAGAAUAUUUUUAUUUGGGAGAAAUGUUGUCUGUAGUUUAUAGAAUAAAACAACAAUGUUCAUUUUACUCAAACAUAAACCUAUAAAUAACAAAAUCAGAGUAACUGAUUCAGAAACUGAAGUGCUCUCUUCAUUUUUUUCCAGAGCUGUAUUUUACAUCUACAGUCAGAACUUUCAUAACGUCAACUUUUUUCACACUAUACUGUUUUUUCCUAAGAAAUAAAGGUCAUAAAAAGAUUCUAUCCUGCUUUUGUUGGGGUAACUGUCUUUACUGUCUAGAGAAAACUCUCUAAUGGAUUUUGAAACAUAGCUGUGAGGAUUUGAUUGCAUUCAGCAUUAGCACUGUCACACUGCAAAAACUGAAAUCUUACCAAGUUAAUUCCUCUUAUAUUUAUACUAGAUUUGUCACAUUUUUGCAUUGUCAGAAUUUUAUAAAUACAUUCAACUUAUUUUUAACUUGCAGUACCAGUCAAAAGUUUGGACACACCUUAAAUUCAGGGGUUUAUCAUUAUUUAAAAAAAUGUUCUGCCUUGUAGAUUAAUACUAAACUCAUUUAAACUAUAAAGAAACACAUUUUUUCAGUCAGUUUUAUGAGGUAGAAUCACCUGGAAUUCAGGCUUUCAGUUAACAGCUGUGCUGCUGAACUCAUCAAGAGUUAAUUACUAGAAUUUCUUGUCUCUUAAUAAAGUGUUUGAGAGCAUCAGUUAAAGUAAAGUAGUGAAGAGGUAGAGUUACAGGUAUACAGUGAAUAGUGAAUAUUUGAGUAAUGUUCGAAUCCAGAUUAUGAGAAAAAAUACUUUAUGUAUGAAUUUCAAGAACUUUAAAAGUAUCUUCAAGUGCAGUCGCCGCAAAGACCGUCCCUUCGUAGUCUGUAUCACUUCAGUAUUCAUUAAUAUAAAUAAAUAAAUAA